AUGCCUCCGGCAUUGCUCGGAGCAGAGGGGCCCAUGGAGGGGCCGCGGAUUAAGCUAGAGCCAAGAGACUGCGCCCACGGGGAGCUACGACGCCCAGCAUCCCACGCUCCGUGUCAGGCCGAGAUUGAGCACCACACUGCAUGCGGGGACCUGUUCGCUGGCGAGCUCCAUGCUCAGCGCCUGCUCCUCGUCUCUGGUUUUCUCUCCAGGCUUUGCGUGCCUGGACUGGCCCUGGCUGUGGCCCUGCUGACGGCCCAGAUCUGCCAAGGCAACAGGAAGGUCCCUCAGCGGACGUCCCGGCAGGUGCCCGAGGAGGACGGAGCUGGAAACCAAGUGGCGGGUGCCUGGAGCAGCUGGGGCCCGUGGUCAUCCUGCUCCCAGCCCUGUGGGGUGGGGGUCUUGGAAAGGGUCCGCACCUGCCUGCCCCCCUAUCAGCGAGCCCCCUGGGGGGGCCCUCAUGGCCCACACACAUACGCCCAGCCCCUGUACCCACAGGAACGGGCCAAUCCUUACCCGCCCCGGUCAUCCUACCCCCUUCAUACUGACGGGGAAUCGGGGGCGCCUCUCUCCCCACCGGGGCCUGCCUUCCCCCUCCACAGCGACUCUGCCCUCCCCCUCCACAGCGGCCCCAGCCACACCCGGGCAGCCCCCCCUCCUGCCCGCUACGGGCCCCCGAACAGGUACAUCCGCCACGAGUCCUUCCCCUCCGACCAGCUGCCUUUGUCCCCGCUGCGGGAUGCCUCCUCCACGCACUCCAGCCGCGGGAGGGACCCAGUCCUCGCCCCCAGAGCCCCAAGGCGGGAAGAGGACCCGUCCGGCAAAGCAGGCGCCUCCAGCCGCGGCCUGGCCCACUCUUCGCGUCGGCUGCGCCACCCGGACGCUCCCGCCACCUCCAGCCCGGAAAGGCCCUUCAGACGCCGCAGCUCGGCCCCGGCGCGGCUGCCCGCCCAGGACUCACUCCCGCUCUUCAAACCCGAGCGGCGGGGCAGCCACGAGGCGGGCGGCGCAGCCGGCAGCUCCCGACACACUGCCCUCGGGUCCAAGUGGGCGGCGUCCCCGACGCAGGAGUCCCGCGCCGCCAGGAGGUCUCGAAUUCGAGAGUCGAUCAAACCGGGGAAAUAUGGCUACGGGAAGGUGCCCUUCGCGCUGCCGCUGCACAAGGAGGUGGCGGAGGGGGGCACGCCACGGUUCAAGAGACACCCAGGGCCCCCGAGCGACCAGCCACCACCGCCCACCAAGACUCCCAAGCGCAAGGCCAAGGAAGCCCCCAGCCGGGAGAAGGAGCCGCCGGCCAAGGGCGAGCACCAUCCGCACCACAAGCAGAGGAAGGCCGUGCCGGCGGAGGACUCCGCGCAGCCCCAGCUCCAGGCUGGAGCGCUGGCAGAGAACAGCUCAGAGCUGGCAGGGCAUAGGGCGAGGCCCAGAAGUGAGGGAGAUGGGCCCGCUCCACACCGCCAGCCCCACACGGCCGAGCAGGGCAGCGCUGGGCCACUGAAGGCCGAGGCCACAGCCAAGUCCCACACAGGCCCCUCGGAGGACGAGGCGAGUCCUGGAGAGAAUCGGGAGCCAGCAGCAGCGCCCCCAGAGCUGCAAGGGGCCCGGCAUCGCACCGCAGAGGGCACUCCCCAGCUGGGCCCCUCUCCCACGGAGCAGCCGUCCCUGUUUGUUGGCUGGGCUCCGGCAGCCACCGUAGGGCCCGGCGGGGGAGAGCCAACGGCUGUGGAGGAGACGGGUUCGCAGGAGUCGCGCCCGAGGGCGGGUGCGCAGGCGCCCGCCAAGCGAGGAGGAGGAGACGGGCCCGGGGACGGCACAAGGGGCAUCCAGCAGCCUUCCCGCCCUGGGACGCCCACGGGAGAGAGGGCCCCGAGCAGCGGCCGCGCCCCUCGGCCACGGGGGGAGCUGCGCCUCACGCACGAGGUGCUGAAGAACCACAGCUCCACCGUGGAGGCGCAGCUGGCGCCCAAGGGACACGGGGCAGGGGUUGGCCACAAGGAGGCGCCAGAACUCGGCCACCCCCAAUCCCACUCCCACCAUCGGGCCACAGGAGCACCAAAGCCCGGGCCUGAGGCCACCCACCUGGCCCAGCCAGAGGGAGCAGGCCCUGCCGACCCCCCCCCACGCUCCCAUCCCCACCAGUUGGCCCGGCCCCGUGCUCAGAGACAGAACGAGUACCGCCCGGGCAGCUACGGCACCCGGGCCUCCCAGAGCCUCUUCGUGGAACAGCCCUCGCCUCACCGGCUGGCAGAACCGGACAUCUGGCUGCUCCACCGCGGCAACCCCGUCCAGUUCCAGGCCAGGGGGCAAAGGCCCAGGCUGGGCCUGCACCCAGGCCCCGAGGUGCCUCAGUGGAAUCUCUACCACCCCGGCACAGAGACCUUCCACUGCGAGGGGGAGAGCAAGCAGUUCAAAGCCUGCAGGCAGGAGCCGUGCCCAGCCGACCAGCCCGACGCCCGAGCCGUGCAGUGCGCUGCCUUCAACACCCAGGAGUUCAUGGGCCGCCUCUACCAGUGGGAGCCCUUCACAGACGUGCGGGGCUCCCAGCGCUGCGAGCUGAACUGCCGCCCGGUGGGGUACCGGUUCUACGUGCGGCACACGGAGAAGGUGCAGGACGGCACGCCGUGCGAGACCGCCUCCCUCGACAUCUGCGUGGCCGGAGAGUGCUUGAGCCCCGGCUGCGACGGGGUCCUGGGGUCCAACCGGACACUGGACAGCUGCGGGGUGUGCGGGGGCGACCACUCCACCUGCAAGCUGGUGGUGGGCAACUUCAGCGACUCCAACGUGCCCAUCGGCUACCACAAAAUCCUCGAGAUCCCCCAGGGCGCCACCAGGAUCAACGUGACCGAGAUGACCCGGAGCCCCAACUACCUGGCCUUGAGGAGCCGCUCCGGGAAGUCGAUCAUCAAUGGGAACUGGGCAGUGGAUCCCCCCGGGCGCUACGAGGCGGGCGGCACCGUCUUCGUCUACACCCGGCCGGGCCACGAGGAGCCCCGCGCGGGGGGAGAGUCGCUGACAGCUGAGGGGCCCACCACAGAACCCAUUGAUGUGUAUAUGAUCUUCCAGCAGGACAACCCCGGCAUCGCCUACCGCUUCUUCCUGGCGGAGGCCAGACCAGACAGCCCCGCCCACGACCCUCCCGGCCGCCGGCAGGACGUCAGUGCCCUGACCAUGUUGUCACCAAGCGACCAGCUGGUGCCGCCCACCUCUUACAAUCACCCCAUGGGGACCCGGCACCGGGCGCCGGCACCGGCCAGCCAGUCAGGCAGGACCCCCGGGACACUGCAGCGCAACGUCCGCGUCCCACCACUGUCGCCCCCACCCCGGCACCAGCCACACGACGUCUAUUGGAAACGGGUGGGGAGCACCGACUGCUCCGCCUCCUGCGGGAAAGGGCUCUGGCAGCCCGUGUUCCGCUGCGCCGCCCGCCACUCCCAGGAGGAGGUUGGGGAGGAGCAAUGCGCCGAUGCCCCCAAACCGCCCGCGCCGGACGAAGCCUGCAACACCCAGCCCUGCCCGGCCUACUGGGACGUGGGCGAGUGGUCGGCCUGUAGCAAGUCCUGCGGGCCGGGCACCCAGCACCGCCAGGUCCUGUGCCGUCAGACCUACGCCAACCGCAGCACCAUGGUGCACCCGCAGCACUGCGGCCAGCUGGACAAGCCCAGCCCCACGCAGCCCUGCCAGCUCCGCGUCUGCAGCCACUGGGAGGUGCGCACCAACUGGAGCGCGUGCUCGGUUCUGUGCGGCCUGGGCCACCGGACCCGCCACAUCCGCUGCAUCAGUAACCAUGGCGACCUGCUGAGCGACGGCGAGUGCAACGGUAGCCACCGGCCCCCAGCCAACGAGGCCUGCGACAUGGGGCCCUGCGUGCGCAGCUGGUUCCACAGCGACUGGAGCAACACGUGCUCGGUGGAGUGUGGGACGGGGAUCCAGCGCCGCUCGGUGGUCUGUCUGUCCAGCUACGCCAACGGGCAGGUGGAGGAGACCUGCGCGGGCAUCAAGCCGGCCGACAUGCGGGCCUGCAACAGCGGGCCCUGCCACCGUACCGUGAAGUGGUACACGGGACCCUGGAGCCAGUGCUCGGCAGACUGUGGCACCGGCACCCAGCGGCGGGACGUGAUCUGUGUCAGCAAGUUGGGCUCGGAGUUCAAUGUGACGGAGGCAUCGGAGUGCGCCCCCCUGGAGAAGCCGCCCUCCCUGCAGCCCUGCACCGGCAGUGCCUGUGACGCUCGCUGGUUCUCCACCUCCUGGAGCGCGUGUUCCAAGUCGUGUGUGGGGGGAGUCCAGGUGCGGGAGGUGCAGUGCCUGACCCAGAACAAAACCUUCAGCAAUCUUUGCCCGUCGGACCUCAAGCCCAUCAAGAAACGCUCCUGCAAUACCCAGCCCUGCACCCCCGAUCUCGACGAGAACUGCAGGGACAAGUACCAAAACUGCCCUGUGGUGGUGCAGGCCCGGCUCUGCGUCUAUUCGUACUACAAGCUGGUGUGCUGCGCCUCCUGCACACGGGCCGUGGAGCGGAGCAAGGACAUGCAGAGCCGGUAG